GCGCCUUAAGUCAGCUGUAUAUGAAGCGUUUGAAAACUUGGAUAAUCGAAUCCAACAUUCUUAAAUCGGAAGUGACAAUAAUAACAAGAAAAUCGUAUUACAAUGGAAGGUUUUGACGAUGUUGGUGUUUUCUUUUCGGAUAAUUUCAAUCCAGACAAUGAAUCGGCUGGAAAAGACAUCAAUUUGCAAGCAGUGAAAAAGAAAUACAAAGAAUUCAUUCGCACCUUCAACGAAGACAAUUUCCACUACAAAUACAGAGAUGCGUUGAAGCGAAACUAUCUUCUCGGUCAAUACUUUCUUGAGAUUGAGCUGGAAGACUUGGCCGGUUUCGAUGAUGCAUUGGCGGAUAAGCUUCGCAGGCAGCCCACUGAGCACUUGGGAAUUUUCGAAGAAGCAGCCAAAGAAGUUGUAGACGAAAUAACAGCACCGCGACCGGAACACGAAGAAGAGGUCCAAGACAUUCAAAUUUUGCUUACGUCCGGAGCCAAUCCAACGAACAUACGAGACUUAAAAUCUGAAUCGGUUUCGCGAUUGGUUAAAAUUGCCGGCAUCAUCAUCUCAGCGUCUGGAAUCAAAGCGAAGGCAACGAGAAUGUCCCUUCAGUGCAGAUCGUGUAACACAGUCAUUCCCAAUUUGCCGGUUAAUCCUGGUUUGGAAGGAUACCAACUGCCCAGAAAGUGUAACACUGAACAAGCUGGUCGGCCGAAGUGUCCGUUGGAUCCCUAUUUUAUCAUGCCGGAUAAGUGUCGCUGUGUUGAUUUCCAAGUGUUAAAGCUCCAAGAGCUACCAGAUUUUAUCCCUCAGGGAGAAAUUCCUCGUCACAUGCAACUAUUUUGCGAUCGAAGUCUUUGUGAACGUGUCGUACCUGGCAAUCGGGUCAUGAUUCAUGGCAUUUUUGCAAUCAAGAAAAUUGGACGACCUGGAAAGGCAGAUAGUCGUGAAAAAGCUAUAGUUGGUGUUCGUGCACCAUACAUGCGAAUUGUUGGGAUUACAUGCGACUCGGAAGGUAUGGGUGCCAUAUCUCGGUACAACAAUAUCACCACUGCUGAAGAAGAGACAUUCCGCCGACUGGCUGCAACACCAAAUUUAUUCGAUCGUUUGGCUGACAGUCUGGCACCGAGCAUUUUCGGGUCAAAUGACAUUAAGAAGGCCAUUGUUUGUCUGCUGUUUGGCGGUUCCAGAAAACGAAUGCCCGAUGGCUUGACACGACGUGGUGACAUCAAUGUUCUGCUGCUUGGUGAUCCGGGUACAGCCAAGUCACAAUUGCUGAAGUUCGUUGAAAAAGUGUCACCGAUUGGUGUGUAUACAAGUGGUAAAGGAUCCAGUGCUGCAGGUUUAACAGCAUCUGUCAUGAGAGAUCCAGCUACGCGUAAUUUUGUCAUGGAAGGCGGUGCAAUGGUACUGGCUGAUGGUGGUGUUGUAUGCAUUGAUGAAUUCGACAAAAUGAAAGAGGACGAUCGGGUUGCCAUUCACGAGGCGAUGGAACAGCAGACCAUUUCUAUUGCUAAAGCCGGUAUUACAACGACGUUGAACUCAAGAUGCUCGGUAUUGGCUGCUGCCAAUUCUAUAUUUGGUCGGUGGGACGAUACAAAAGGCGAAGAAAACAUUGAUUUCAUGCCGACCAUUUUGUCUCGUUUCGAUAUGAUAUUCAUUGUCAAGGACGUGCACGAUGAGACUCGAGAUAUUACUCUGGCCCGACAUAUCAUCAACGUUCAUUUAAAUGCAAACAAAGCAACAGACGAGCCGAAAGAAGGUGAAAUAUCGCUACCAAUGUUGAAGAAGUACAUUCAUUAUUGUCGCACUCGGUGUGGUCCACGACUCAGCCAGGAAGCUGGCGAAAAAUUGAAAAGCCGUUAUGUUCUCAUGAGAAAUGGAGCCAGUGAACAGGAGAAGGCGUCUCAUAAACGACUUACCAUUCCAAUUACUGUCCGACAACUGGAAGCCAUCAUUCGUAUAUCCGAAUCUCUGGCCAAAAUGCAACUACUACCAUUCGCUACCGAUGUUCAUGUGACCGAAGCGUUGCGUCUAUUUCAAGUGUCCACAUUGGAUGCGGCAAUGACGGGAAGUUUGGCUGGAGCCGAAGGUUUCACAACGGAAGAGGACCAUGAAAUGCUCAAUCGCGUAGAGAAACAAUUGAAGCGGCGAUUCGCUAUCGGAUCGCAGGUGUCCGAACAAAAUAUUAUUGCCGAUUUUGCACGGCAAAAAUAUCCGGAACGAGCUGUACUAAAGGUUAUUCAUGCGAUGAUUCGGCGUGGCGAAUUGCAACAUCGAUUACAGCGUAAAAUGCUCUACAGACUCUUUUAGAACUGUGUUUGGCAUUGUUUGUCAUCUCUGGUGUUAUUGUUUGUAUCAAAAUAAAAAAAUUAAAAUCAAUUACGUUAAUGUCUUAUUCGAUCAAGCGUCUCAUUGUAUGCGUUUAGAUUUUUGUGCUUUUCUUUUUUUCUAUUUAAAACAACGAAAUCAAUAAAACAAAAAUUGUUAACUUUAA